AGCAUUGCCAUACAAAGUCCAGGAGUGGCAUUUGCACUGUGCAGUGUACUGGAUUAUAGCUUUCCUCUCUUCUCCUGAACCAGUGAAUUUGCUAUCUACCGCAGCUCCUUCCUAGCUAACUUUAAUAUCAACUUAAGGACCCCAUGUUGCACUCUUCUGUGUCAUCUGUGACAUUCCUGACCAGUAUGGAUAACAUAAUGUACAGCUCAGACGAAGAGGAUUUUUUAAACAUAGAAGAAAAAAAUUUUUUCCUCAAUCAAGCCAUGCAAGUUUUGAGAACAAAUGUUGCACAGAUAGAAGAAAGCAUAGAUAAUGUAAAUAAAGAACUCAAGAAACAUGAAUAUGACCUCAAACUUAGUCACAAUGAGCUAAAAAAGCUGAAAGAAGAAGAAGAAACCCUGCAACUGGAAGCUGAAACAUUAGAAGAACAGCUGCAGACCCUGAAUAAAGAGAGUGAGUUGCUAGAGAAAAAAUAUGCAGACAUGUAUAGAAUAGUUAAAAGCAUAAGAACUCUUGGACCAAUAUUUCAACAAGCAAUGGCAGUCACACUCAGUAACAUGAAUGCAAUAAUAAACACGAUGUCUCAAGAAGGCAUUAUCGGUCUUCAGCCCUGCACAGACCCCGAAUCAGAAUCUUUACCAAGGACCCAAGUGCCAUCUGCCUCUGAAAGUUUGCCCGAAGUCCAGCAAAAAUCAUUGUCAAUCACCCCAGUGCCACCUGCCUCUGAAACCUUGCAAUUGGUCCAACCAAAAGGGACCCCUGUGCCAUCUACCUCUAAAAGCUUUCCCAAAGUACAGCCAAAAUCUUUGCCAAGCACCCCAUUGUCAUCUGCUUCUGAAAGAUUGCCCACAGUCCAACCAAAGUAUUUGCCAAUUACCCCAGUGCCUUCUGCCUCUAAAAGAUUGCCAUUGAUCCAGUCAAAAUCUUUGCCAAGCACCCCAUUGUCAUCUGCUUCUGAAAGAUUGCCCACAGUCCAACCAAAGUAUUUGCCAAUUACCCAAGUGCCUUCUGCCUCUAAAAGAUUGCCAUUGGUCCAGUCAAAAUCUUUGCCAAGCACCCCAGUGCCUUCUGCCUCUAAAGGAUUGCCAUUGGUCCAGCCAACAAUUUCAUCCACCAAGAAAAGAAAAAUAAGUGAAGAAGACCACAUAGAAGAAACACAAAAAGAAGAAGAAGAAGAAGAGGAAAAAGAAGAAGAAGGAGAAGAAGGAGGAGAGGAGGAGGAGGAGGAGGAGGAGGAAGAAAUGAUGGAAGAAUUUGACACAAAAACAGACACAGCUACCAAACUGCCUCCAUUUCUUCUUCCAUAUAUACCAAAAAAGAAAUCUCCGAAUGAUAAGUGGCCCCUUAACUAUACAGCUUUUCUUAAUUAUUACUUUGAAACAACUUUUAAAGGAAAGCUUUCAAAAGAGGUUGUACUGGAUUGCAUUCAGCAGGGUAUAAACUAUAAUAUUUUCCCCUUAAAACAAUCCAAUGAUAAACUGUACAAACAAGUUUAUACAAGGAUUGUCCAUUUAAAAAGGCAAAGGGAAGGGAUGAAGAAAAGAUACAACAGGAGACAGUAAUAGAAUCAAAGACAUAAAAACCCACAUAUUACCUCUGUCCCCUUUUCCUUGUUCUGCAGUGAAAGUAGGGACCACAUUUGUUUGGGAUAUAUUAUUCCCUACUAGUUACCUUUUUAUGAUAAAUGAUUCCUGUGUAGUAUUUCUUUGUUUCUAAUGUACACUACUCUUAUUGUUGCACUAAUAAAACUUUUAAAAAUAAA